AAAAGGAUGGCGUUUACAGUGUACACUAUACCACCCACAAUCCGACCGACGACAAUGCGAACCCACGUCCGCGACUGUGAACAGCAACAGUGGAAGCAUUCGAAACACGUUCGACGGCAGAUACCUACUAUACCUAAGUUGACAUCCCAUGGGCCGGAACAUAAGACGCCAGUAGUGAAACGAGACAGGGGCCACCCAAUGUCACGGCACAUGGAUGGAAGGACAGGUUAGACGGGCGCCUAAUGUCAGUCAUUUCUGGGCCAUUUCUGGG